AUGAACUGUUCAGCCCCAGCUUAUAAAACGCUGUUUUGUCGUGUGUUGCUUAAAGAAGUUACCGACAAAAGGUACACCCUGGUUUCAAUCGGACUUCUUUCGUUUAUCGGGAUUCUAGGCAUUGCCGGAAACACACUAGUUCUGUUAGUUUAUUGUCCCAGCCCUAAGUCGAUUUGGUCAUGUUUUGCUUCAUCGCAACAAACCCCAAGGCUUCGAAGAGGUCUUCAACACAGCCAACGGAAACUGUUGAUUGCUCUCUCGGUGGUAGACCUUCUGACGUCGGCGCUUGUGCUACCUUGUGACAUUGGAUACAAGGUUUUUACCUUUCUGAACAUCUGUAUCUACUGUAACACAAACAUUAACAACAUUGCGUACGGACUUAUCGACAACGUAAGAAACAUCAUGUUUGCCCUUGAAGGAAGCAUCCUGACUGCGAUUGCAAUCGAUCGAUUUUUGGUUAUUGGGUGUCCCUACUUGAAAAAUAUGAGAAAUAAGUUACGCAAACGUGCCUCCAGUGUCAGUGAGAUUUCAUCCUCUCCUAUGUCAAGCAUAGACGUUUCUCCCAAGCCAGGUGGCCCUAAAAUCGAUGUCCUUGACAAAAUUAUUGCCACAUCCCCCGACGCAACUCAAAACAAGUUAGAGGAGGUGCUAGAGAGGCAGGAAAGACGACCACACCUCCCCGUGGCUUCAGUCAGUUCGCCCAAUCGUCGAAGACAGCUGUGUGUUCUCUUACCCAUCCUUAUAACCAGUUUAAUUAUAAUUGCAUUUGAAGCUGCUGUGUUCAUUUUGCACGUAAGGCAAUACAAGGAAGGGGGCAAAUCUCUCGAUGCAGAACGACUCCGAUAUUUUUUAAAUAGGCUUUAUCUUGUCUUUACGAUGGUUACGUUUCCUCUAGUCUGUGGCCCCUACAUUUGUGUUUUACUGGCAAUCCGAAGCUAUGACAGGAGGAGAGCACGCCUUCUGAGUGGUCUGCCUUCAAAUCCGCCAAGAGCUCGGCGCACUGCUCGGACACUAUUCAUUGCGACACUGGUGUUCUACCUGACCCUCUUGCCCGUCUUAAUUGUACAUUUUGGAAACUGGUCAACCGAUUCCGGAACCAGGGAAGACCUGGCCAAAGACGUUCAUAUGAACCCAGGCUCCGUCUACAUUCACCAUGAGUUUUACUAUAUCAACAAUGCAGUAAAUUUCUUCAUCUAUUCAUGGGUUUCGCCGGCAUUCCGAACGCGCCUGAAAGAACUUUGUGGACGGAACUGA